UGAGUGGGUGGGUGGCAGCGAAGUGAUGGACGGCUCAGUGCCCGGGAGCCGCGUCGGGUGAGAUCCAUUAUUCAACCGUCACUGUAGCGAGAGGGGUCAAGUCGCAGGAACGCUGCACGGGAGGAGGAACAGCACAGCCGGUUCAGGGGAGCCACUGGUGGAAGUAAUCGUGCUUGCAGAGGGAGAGGAGCAUCUCCUGUGCUCACAGAAACAUUUUCCUCUCCUCUCCUGCCCGCCCUUCAGGGUGGAAAACACGUUUUUAAACUUCUCCUUCUACAAGGAAGUGAAAGGAUCCCGAACGAUGUCUCUCCAUUACACGCAUGCGCCACUAGAGACCAUAUAAUAUGUUAGAGGUGAUCAGCCUCAGACUUCCCAUGCCAUUUUACUCCUGGGACGAUUUCUAUGAAGAAUAUUUCAAAAUGAUAACUAAUAUUAUCAUAUUGAGUAUACUUAUUUGCAUUUCUUUAUCUUUUUGGAUUGUGUCCAUGACUGCAAGUACAUAUUAUGGUACUUUGCGACCAAUUUCUCCAUGGCGUUGGCUUAUUUCAAUCUUAAUUCCACUAAUGAUUGCUUCACGAGGAUUUAAGAAGAAAAGUCUUGAUCAUGGUGGAGCAAUAGGAGGUUUAGUUGUUGGAUUCAUCCUCACAGUUGCAAAUUACAGUUUUUUCACUGCUUUGCUCAUGUUUUUCAUUACUUCCUCCAAACUUACAAAGUGGAAAGGAGAAGUAAAAAGGCAAAUAGAUUCUGAGUACAAAGAAGGUGGGCAGAGAAAUUUGGUGCAAGUGUUCUGCAAUGGUGGUGUACCUGCAGAAUUGGCACUGUUGUACAUGAUUGAAAAUGGACCAGGUGAAAUUCCAAUCGACUUUUCUAAACAGUAUACAGCAUCCUGGAUGUGCCUAUCACUCCUGGGUGCAUUAGCCUGCUGUGCUGGGGACACGUGGGCUUCGGAAAUCGGCAGUGUAAUGAGUAAUGAACCCCGGUUGAUAACAUCUUGGAAAAAGGUUCCAGUAGGUACCAAUGGUGGUGUUAGUUUAGUGGGCCUAAUCUCAAGCCUACUUGGCGGCACACUUGUAGGUGUGGCUUACUUCAUUUCCCAGUUGAUUUUUGUGAAUGAUCUGGAUAUAUCUGCUCCACAGUGGCCUAUUAUUGUGUUUGGUGGAAUGGCUGGCUUACUGGGGUCUGUGAUUGAUUCUUACUUAGGAGCAACUAUGCAGUACAGUGGUUUUGACACACGUACAGGAAUGGUUGUCGGCCAUCAGACAGAAGAUGCAAAGCACAUAGCUGGAAAACCUAUCUUGGAUAACAAUGCAGUGAAUCUUUUCUCCUCUGUAGUCAUUGCUUUGUUACUGCCAGGAGUAGCAUGGGGGUUUUGGCCAAGGGUGUGAAGUCAAAGCAAGGGUAUUUCUGAUCAAGAAGGUGACAUCAACUCUCAUUCUGUUCAAACACACUGGCUGAAAGAUUCUCCAUAAGGUGCUUCUGUAACUUUGGGCCAGAGAAUAUCUGUUAUGAAAGCAUGAGGAGUCACCAUACUAUGAAGGCUAAGUUUCUUAUAGCAGCUUCAGUCAUUGUAGGCAAACUGGACAUGAAGCGGCAGUAUUUAUUUGGCAUCCCUUCUGAGCUGGAAUACAAUUCUCACCUGAACUAUUUGAGUUUCUUUUAAAAGAUGUUGGAGAAGCUACAACACAUUGUUUGCAUUUCAGGUGAAUGAAUGUCUAAAGUCAAAACAUUUUGCGUUUUUGUUUUUUAUAGUAAGAACACUUUUUUUGUUGAUACUGACUUUUGAAAGCAUGUGUGCUGUUUAUGUUAACACAGCCAUAACAGAGGUCUAGUAAUAAUACUAAAUUAUUGCUUAAAAUUUAAAGAUUAAUUUAUUGAAUUUAAAAUCUAGUGCUUAGAACAUAAGAAUAUUUGUUGGUAAUUAUUCUUAUUCAUUGCAUUCAUUCCAAGUAGUUCGGUUUUUUUCUUUUUAAAUGUGAACAUGGGAGUGAUAACCUGCAAAUUUGCUUUAGGCAUCAAGAAACCUUGCUUGACUCUGUUGACAUAAGCAAUUUAGAGUUGGAGUUCUAAGCUUAUGGUUCAUCUUUACAUAGCUUUAGUUACCGUGAUAAGAGUAGCAAUUCAGUUUAACAGUAGGCAGCUCCUUUUGAUAUAUUUCUCCUGCGCUGGUGAAUAACUUUCAAGAAAUAUGAUUGUAUGUUGAUUAGUUUGAUUACACAUACUAUAAAAUGCACCUCAGUAUAUUUUUGGUUCACUUGGUUCAUCUAGCGAUGCUAACACUUUUAACUUGGCAUUAAGAAUCAUUAAUGAAACUGUAGAAAGCUACUACAAAGGAGGUAUGCACACAAGCUGCUUUUAAAGACACUUUGAAUGCUAUUAAACAGCAACACAGAAGUUAACUACCUUUUCAAGUGGUAGUCAUAAAGCUAAAUAAGAGUAACCAUUGAUCACUGAUGUGGGUCAAGGUUCAAGGCAAAUUGCAUGGUUAUUUGUAAAAGCUGUUUAUCCAGACACAGAGAGCCUUGAAAUGCACUCAUUCACAUAUUAAAUAUUUGGGGCAGAAUCCAGACUAACUGAAGUCCUAUUACUUUUAGUGAGACACAGUCAUGACUUCGUCUGGAUGCUGCCCACUGUUGUACAACAUUCCAUAGAGAGAUUUCUGUAGAUCGUGUUACACUUGGCACAAUAGUGAAAAAAUACCCCAGGGCAACAUUAUGAUUGUACUAAUGUUGCAUAUUAGCCAGUCUGAAAAGGUAGCCUUGAAUGGGUAAUGAAUAAAGGCAAAAUGAAAAGUGUAUCUUGUCUAGGGUGAUAGAAGAAGAAAUUGGUGGGUCUGGGAAAGGGUUGUCCCCCUGGACUAUACAUUCUAGCCUUUGUAGGGACAGGGAAAACAUAGAAAAGUGAGAGCAAGUUAUAAAGGUGAUUGACAUCUUAUUUGUGGCUUUUAAAAUUCUAUCUAAGUGGGAACACACUUUUGAAUGUUUGCAUUGCUUCAGUGCCCUUGUUCAAGAUAAAUGGGCAGUAGCGAUCUGUAAUGAAAAUGCAAAAAUACCUUAUCAAGGUGGGAUCUUGUAUAAUUUUAUAAAGAUAUUCAAAUAAAUCUAACUUCAUAGUGA